GUAGGAGCAGAAAUAUCCGCCAUUUUGCUCGUUCAUUAAAUUAGUGGUAAAUAAAACAUUGCAAGUUUGAAACAUUUUUUGUGGUUUGGUUUUUUGAGUUAAAAUUAAAAGAAAAUCCAAGACUCGAGAACUCAAACGGCACUCUACCACACUAGUGAAGACAAGCCCGUACUUGAGUAGAAAGAAACUACAAAAACAGUACUCGUGUAUUCCAUAAGUGAAUCGUACAAAAUACAACUUGCAACUCAAUUAAAUGAUGUUAUUGACCAAAAGUGAUUAAAAACAGUAAGGAUAAAACGAAUGAUAAAACAAAUCUAAUGUGGAUGUUCUCAAGAAUUAUUUCAGCAUUAAUUAGAUGAAAAUAGUUAUAACUUGCACUUGCACUGGAUGACGUUAUUACACAUAUGCAUAUAAGAAAUUUAUUGAGAUACUGGAGAUGUUUCGGAGUAGCAAUCGUCAUAAUAAUCAUAUUAAAUUUACAAUCGCAAGAAUUUCAAUACCAAUACAGCCUAGCCUGUUAUUCUGCAAAAGGAAAUACAUUACCCGACAUAUCAGAAGUACCUCCUCGAAAAGGAAAAUCAAUAUUUUUCCAUGAAACAUCUUGUAAAUCAUUACAAAAAGGAAAAAUAACAAUAACUUCACGUCAAGCAUGUGCAGUAGAGAGCGCCGCUAUUAUGAAUCCGAAUUUAGACGUUUAUUUGCUUUAUACUUCACCAGGUAUUGUAAAAAACGAAGGAGACGAAUCUGACUUGUUCCUAAGUGCCUUAUUAAGUUAUAAAAACGUUAAGAUUUUACAUUUAAACUAUGAAAGGUACAUUAAUAACACUCCUGUAGGAAAUCUCUGGAAGUACAAUAAAAUACAAAACUCUCGUUACUCGCUGAGUCAUGCUAGUGAUAUACUUAGAUAUGUUACGCUAUGGAAAUAUGGCGGAAUUUAUUUAGAUCUGGACGUGGUUAUUUUGAAGUCUCUGGAAGAUCUACCCGCAAAUUUUGCUGGAUUACAAUCUCUGACCGAUGUGGCAGCUGGUGUGAUGGGUUUUGCUGCGUCCGGUAAAGGACACGAAAUGGCAGAAAGAUGUUUACUCGAUCUUCAAAAGAACUUUGACGGUGACAGUUGGGGAAAUAACGGUCCAGGAGUGAUAACAAGAUUAUUGUUGGAUCUUUGUGGAAUAACCAAUAGGACCAAAGAUACCAAUUUAUCAGAAUUAAUGGUCGAUAAGGAUUGUGGAGGAUUCACUGUAUUCACACCUACAGCUUUCUAUCCGAUAUCGUAUCAGACUUGGUAUUGGUAUUUCGAUGAAUAUAAAUUACAAUCUAUGAUACUUAACACUAAAGAUAGUUACGCAAUACAUACUUGGAAUAAAUUUAGCGCCAAUACGAAAGUACUUUUGAAUUCGGGUAUGCCUUAUUUUUAUUACGCCAAAAAAUAUUGUCCCAAAGUCGUUGCCGAAUCCACUAGGACGUUUUAAUCAAACAAUUGUUUAUUUCGAACAAGAUCUGACAAAUUCUAAAUUGGAUUUUUUUAAUGUUUAAUCACUUUAGAUCUAAUUUCUACUACAGAAAUUUGAUCUAAUGAUUUUAUAUAAUAUCGUCGCAUUUUACUCAUUGAAAUGGAAAAAAAAUAUGAGAAUAAAAUAAUUCAAACUAGAUAGAACACACAGUAUGGUUAUUGGGUUUGAAAUUAUUGAUCAUCACGUCACUUUGAAUCAUAUUACGUAUAGAAUGAGGCUAGAAACUGAUAGAUCUCACAUUUUGAGAUGAUGAAGGCGCAAUUUUAGAAGAUUACUUGCAAGAGGAGAGAAGAGGAAGCUAGUCCAAGUUGUUUUCUUGCAGUCAGCAAAUACCGUCUGUUGUCAAAGCUUCAAGAACCCUGCAUGGGGAACGAUUUUUUAGAUGUAAAGUCAAAUGUACAGUACAGUCCUUAGAGACGCCAGAACAUUGAUAGAAAAAAUUGUAAACCUUAUUGCGGACUAUAUUGGAAAGUAAAAAUGAUAAAUUUGGGUCAUGGGCAGAGCAAUGGGAUUAGCCCUCCUGGCCGUUUAACAUUUUAUUUUCCAGUUGGCAGAUGUUUCAGAAGUUAAAUUCUUCAAAAAGUAAAAAUUUAUAUAUAUGUAGGUUAAAAAUAAUAUAUCAUUGUAUCUCAGAAACAAGAGCUGAUUUUGUGUUCGAAAUAGAUUAGGAUUUCAAAUAUUAAAGGCAUAUUUUUAUAUUCGAAUGUAUAUAUGGAACUUUUUCAUCGAUAUUAAUAGCAAUUUACACCAUUCAAUAAACGCUCAUAAUAUAA